AAUGUCUCGACUGGAGAUAAUCUUUAUGUUUGUGCUUCAGUUUCAAGGCAUCACAGGAGAAUCCGUCAGUCUCUUUCACAGACCUGGACAUGAAGCCCUUCUGCCGUGUGACACCUGGUCAGCAAAUGGUCCGUCGUGCUCCAGAAUAAAGUGGUUACACGAAGAUCGACAGCUGCAGACAGCGACUUUGGUCGAGAAAGGAAAUGUAGUGAAGAAAAGAGUUCAAGCUGCGAGGCUGCACCUGAAACCCAACUGCUCUCUGCUCAUCAGCAACGUCACGGCCGAGGACGCCGGUCAAUAUGGUUGUCGACUGAAUGGACACCCUAUAUCAGACCAAAGUGUGUUUCUGAACAUUUUGACAAUCUCUCCGUUAGAACCGGAUCCUGAACUAAAGAGCAGCGGUGAUAUGACGCUCCAGUGCUCUCUGUUAUCAAGCGUCGGUUUCUCCUGUGGGGAGAAGAACCUCCGCUGGUUGGACGAGGCAGGGAACGCACUGUUUGGUGAAAGUGUGGAUCACAGGGACGAGUGUGUCUCUUAUCUGACUGUGAGCCGUCAUCAGAACACGAGGUACACCUGCCAGUUUGUUGACAAGAACAACGAGGUGAAGAUAGAGGGCGACUACACACUGGUUUCCAAGGGUAACAAACGAUUUCAAGAUGCUGCUGAGUGGUCUCCUCUGAGUUUCGUCAUGUUGACUCUGCGUGUGUCAGUCCUGAUCCUGAUGAUUGUGAUCACGGUUCUCAUCGUCAUCAAAACACGAAAAGAAAAACAGGAUCCAAAAAGCCAAAGAGUGAUGGAAGUGAGCGUGUGAGUGAAACCACAAGUGAAAGCCUCCUCGUUGUUGAACCAUCUUUGAAUCUUUUUUUUUUUCGCUAAACCAAGAAAACAAAAUGUGUCUUAAAUGGUAAAGUUAAGCCAGUUAACUUUCUUUAUUUUUAGUUCACGUGACCGUAGUUUCUAUUUGCAUCUCAUAUUUUAAACUACAGAAA